AUGAUACGUGAUUCAAAACACGAUUACGAACGUGUGAUACAACAAUCGACAAAGACUAUUGAAAAUAUCAAAAGAAAACAUGAAAAACAAAUUAUGCAACUGAAUCAACAACAACAACAACAGCAAGCUUUGGAGAAAAAAGUCGAAAUCGUCGACGAUAAAGACGUAAUAAUGGCGAAUAAAAAUCGAGAAAUACUGCAACUUGAACGAGACGUAUGCGACCUGAAAUCACAAGUCAGACAUAUCGAGCACAAGUUAUCAGCCAAAGAAUCCGAGCUUACCAUCACAAAAUUGCAAUGCGAAAAGACUGAAUUAGAAAAGAAAUUGGAAUUAGAACAGAAAUCGAAAUCAGAAAAGAAAUUGGACGAACAAGAUGUAUAA